AUGAGGAAAUAUUCUCCUGCUGUGCCAGCCGGAGGCGGCAAAGACGGCGCGCGGGCGCCGCCGCCGCCGUUUCCUACCAGGCAGAUGUUUGUUUUGGCGUGCUGCAGAAUAUGUGAACCAAUUGCCUUCAUGUCCAUCUUCCCGUACAUUUACUACAUGAUUCAGGAUUUCGACAUCACAACCGACUCUAGCAAGAUAUCCGUCUACGCUGGCAUGGUUACGUCCGCUUUCACCUUGGCCGAGUUUGCGACCGGCGUCAUGUGGGGAAGGUUGAGUGACAAGAUCGGCCGCAAGCCCGUUCUCCUGUCCGGUCUCUUGGGAACCGCUCUCAGCGUCUUGGUCUUUGGCUUUGCUCCCAACCUGCCCGUGGCCUUGUUCGCCCGGGCCCUGGGUGGCCUAUUGAACGGGAAUAUCGGUGUAUUGCAAACCACUGUGGCUGAGCUGGUGACCGUCAAGGAACAGCAGCCCCGUGCCUACACUAUUAUGCCCAUGGUAUGGUGUAUCGGUUCGAUUAUCGGCCCCAUGAUUGGCGGAGCAUUGGCCCGACCGUGCAUCAGCUACCCAAAUCUGUUCCGUCCAGGAACUAUCUGGGACCGUUAUCCUUAUCUACUGCCGAACCUGUUCAGCGCUGCCACAGUUUUCUUUGGCGUUGUUGUCGGACUCUUGUUUCUGGAGGAGACUCACGCCUCCAAGAAGCAGCAAAAGGACAGGGGUCGGGAACUGGGAGACCGUCUUGUGAAGUUGGUGCAGAACAUGUCCAUCUGCCAUGGCCUGAGACGAACUAUCGAGAAGGAGAGUCUCUUGGCUAACAACAGCUUGACCGGAUACAACACGGCCGGUCGUCUUGGACCAACGGAAGCAGACGAGCCUCUUCCCGCGUAUCAGAGUCGCGAGAACUCACCAAAGCUGGCUCCACGAGCCGUUUCCACAUCCACGCCAGCAUCAAUGAAUGGAGGAAGCGGUUUGGGACGGCAAAGGAAUGUGGUCUUCACCAAGCCUGUGGUUAUGAACAUCAUGUCGUAUGGCAUUCUUGCAUUCCACACCAUGACCUUUGAUCAACUGUUCCCAGUCUUUCUCAGCACCGAGGGCCCUCCGACCGGCUCCAAGGUCGAGCUUCCCUUCAAGUUUGUCGGCGGUUUCGGACUGGAUACCAAGACAAUCGGCGCCAUCAUGUCCGUACAAGGGCUCUAUUCACUCUUGUCCAACUACAUGAUUGUGGCCCCAGUCACGAGACGUCUCGGGUCCCUUCGGCUUUUCCGUCUCCUUGCGUUUUCGUACUUUGCACUGUACCUGGUCACGCCCUAUCUUGCUCUGCUGCCAGCGGACAUGAGAAUGCCGGCCAUCUAUGUUUUGGUGGUGUGGAAGUGCACAUAUGCGACCAUGGCUUACCCGAGCAACGCAAUCUUGCUGGCCAACUCGGCGCCGACAAAGGAAGUCCUCGGCACCAUCAACGGGAUCGCCGCCUCCACCGCCAGCCUGUGCAGAGCGUUGGGCCCUACCGUCUCUGGGCUUUUGUACUCUCUAGGCCUGCAGACGGGCUAUUCGGGAUUGGCUUGGUGGUUCAGCGGAUUUGUCACCAUCAUUGGCGCGUAUCUCAGCUCUCAGGUUUCCGAAAGCGCGCAGCAGGUUCCAGACUCGGCAGAGGAAGAUUCCCUUCUGGAGGAGCGCCUGCUCGAUGAUUACGAGCAUGAGAGUUCAGUCUAA